GCGUCUGCCAGCCCAGCAGCUCAGUAUCGCCACGAAAAUACACACACAGCCACACGGCGUCGCACCAGCACACCAAGCCCGCGCUAAUACGGCUGCGGCUCCUCUUUUUGGGUCGCUUUCAGUGCCGUGUUCUGUGGGGAUCUGUGGCCGAUUUUUUCCCCUCUCUCUCUCUCGGUGGGGGAAUGACCAGCCAGGUCGGAGGAGGGAUUGUCUAAGGGGUCGCAGCCCAUGUGAAGGUGAUGCGAGAUGGAAGGGCGAGAUGACGAAGGUUCGGACAAUAUUUCUCGCGAGGGAGCAUGACAACCACUACCAGGAGAGCAUCCCUGUGGCAAGUCCUGGCCGACGCGACCGAAAAGGCUGGUCUUGGUGACCGAAGGUGUCGACUGGUGCAAUUGUAGACUGUGACAUGUAAACGGGACGAGUUCUAGAACCCCAAGUAAUCCGACACUGUUGUCAAUCAAUAACACGAGUAAAUAAUCAACAAGAAAGUGACACUAUUUUUUAAAGAGAGAAAAUAAGGUUGCUUGUAGAUACGUGGUGCACAAUGUAACUCAAACACAGGAAUAAACCCGAGGGAGCCUAUCUUUCUUUUGCUCUAUGUGUUCCGCGACACCCAGCUGCAUCUCCAGCCAUGUGUGAAGUGAAUCAGGUGCAUUUGUGUAGUAAGAGUGGCCGUAAUAGUAUUAGCAGUAGUAGUACACUCCAAAGAUCCUCUCACAGACCGCCAGAAAUCAAUCCUGGCGCGGGGAGGAAGGGCGCCCAGCAGCGGCGAGUGUGGAGGAGGAGAGGCAGCCCUUCGCCCCGGAGCGCCGUCUCGCCCGGCGGGUACAUGUUCUGGCUCAGCCUCCUGGUGGUGAGCUCCAGCAGCAGCUCGCGGCUCGUGUCCUCCACUGCCAUUAUAGAUUCACGUUCCCUAGGGAUGAUGUGUGACUUCGAGGAGGAAGGCAACUGCGUGUGGGACUGGCAGGCGGACGUCCCCGGCGCCGUCUCCUUCGAGCGGGUGUCCGGCCAACAGAUCACCGACAGGGUCAAGGAGUCGCCGGGGAACUACACCGGGCCUGACGAAGACGCCGACGGGAACAGAGAUGGCCACUUCCUGUACCUGGGCCUCCCCGUGGGGUCGGCCAGCACCAACAACACGUGGCAGGUCAAGUCCAGGUGGUUGGAGGCCAGCGGGAAGAACUGCCGCGUGGAGGCCUUCUUCAACGUGUGGUCCUUGGACGACGCUGCGACUUCCUUCAAGAUUCUGGUGGAGAACAGCAACUACACGAGCAUCACUUCGGGCGUGGACAUCGGCCGAGCGAACGAGACGGGAAAAAUUAGAAUGAACUCAAAUUUAGAAACGUUUGGUUACAUGACAAUUCGGGUGAGGAACAAGGGAUACUUUAUGUACUGCGAACACAGUUAUGAACACAGUUCACAUAAACUGGAUUUGUUUUUACAACCCAAAACUUUGUGGUUAGGAGACAGAAUUGCUGCAAAAACAUAG